CGAUUUUACUAAAGUCGCAGACCUGGAAAAAUGUUUACGUAUACGUAAUUUCCGUGUAAUUUAAAACGAUAUUUAAAACAUAAAAGUCACCUCGUGCCUCAACUUAAAGCUUAAGGAUAACAGAAUUUUUAAAAUAUUAAAAUCAAAACUUUACUAUUAACUGAUUUUAAUGGCUUGCAAUCUUGCUGAGAAUAAAUAUCAAUUUAUUGUUGAUGGUCAUGAAAACGAGAAAUUUACAGGGAUAGAGCAGGCGUGUGAUGUCUUUUGGGAAAAGUGGUUAUCUUCAAAAUUUUCCUCAGAUUUCGGAGUUCCAUCUUUCCCUGAGAGAUACAUUCCGACCGAGCACUUCAGGGCAAAUGUUUCAGCUUUGCAACACAAUCAAGCCCAUCAGUAUAUUACUAAUGCUGGAAAUCAAAUUUUUACAGAACCAUUCUUUAAAGGAACUGAAGAUAAAAAGACAAUUCGAACUAGUGUUCAUAAAUUUGAAAGCGAUGUAAAGGGCCAGCAAAACGAAAUGGAGCAUUGCAUUGAACUAAAGGGACUCUUAACUGAAAAAUCCAUUUUUGUCUUGUCUGGUUUUAAAUAUAAUGAUGAGAACAUAGCUUUUAUAAAGUCAUUACCACGAUUCAGCCAUUUAGAUUUAAAUGAGCGCGGCGAAGUUGAUAUAUGCGUCUUCGCUAAUGGUACUCUAAUUGCAGUUGAGCUAAAGUCAAAUAGCGAUUCUACCUAUGCCAAGAUUCAACUUGAAAAAUUCAAAACUUUAAUGCAAAAGUUAUUGCCCGAUGUUAAUCUGCAUUUAAUACUUAUGACUAUAUAUCAGGGCAACAAAUCAGAAAGCGUUUUUACAAUGAAAGAUUGUAAUAUCACAAAAGAAAAUCAGAUUUGGUCUUCACCCAGUAAAUGGACUGGCUGGAAACUAUUUUGGAAUAGGCUAAAUCUGAGAACAAUCUACUCGAAGGAAUUGUUUGAAUUACAAAAGCUAUUUACGGGACUCACUGCCAUUGAACGUAUUCAAAACGUAUCUUCUUUUUCAAAUGAAUUUGAAAUAAAUCAACAAAUCUGCUAUAAACUGUCUUCGAGUCAGACAGAUUUGCCCCAACUUGAAAUAAUUGAUCGUAUUUUACAGAGCCAUCAUUUUAUUGGCAAAUCUCGACCAGGAAUCGAACGUACAACUGAAAAGUUUCGGGAGAUCUUGAAUAUCUUUUCACUUACAAGUGCGCAGCGAACAAUUUUGGAGAGUGAAAAUAACCUUCACGUUUUACUUAACGGGGGGCCAGGGACUGGUAAAACAGUUCUUUUGAUGUUUAAAGCGCUCGAAAUUGUUCAAAACAAUCAGACAGUGUUAAUUAUAUGUCCUAAAAUUGCAGAACCAGUAUUUCUUCCGGUUACAAAAAUGGGUGUUCAGAUAUACUCAAUUAGUUUAAUAAUUAAUGGAAAACUUCAACCUAUUCCAAAGGCUGAUUAUUAUUUGAUAGAUGACUUUCAUGCACCCGGUGUACAGGACCUAGUGAGCGAACACUUUUUUGUUCAGAAAAAGCAUGAAAAGCCAAAAAUUAAAGAUGAUUUUAGAAAAUCCAUCAUCUGGCUGGUAGUUGAUGUUAUGCAAGAUGCGUUUGCUUCAAAAUUUAACACUCCUCGUGAAUCUCUUUACGAGGAGGAGAUGGGAACUUUAGAUUUGCAGGAAAAUCCGUUACUCUGUCCUAUACUUUCAGACGAGUUUCAGAUUUUUAAUUUAUGUCUGAUUCUACGAAAUUCCUCAUCAAUUUCGAAUAUAAUAAAAGAACUAUAUUAUCUGGCAAAAGAAGAUGUUGAUAAUUCAUUGAUAAGCAAAUUUAUUCUUAAAAUCGAAUGCGGUCAUUGCGUUCAAGGCCAAAUUGACUAUGCAACGGUCGAGAAGGAAAGCGAAAUUCAAGAGAGGGUACGUGAGAAAUUGAAUGAACUUAUUCCAAAAUACAACUCUGAUAUUGCAGUUAUUGUUCCGAUUGAUAGAGAAAACUUUCAAGAAUUUUUUGAAAGUUUUAUUAAUAAUAAUCUUAACUUGACAACAUUAGAGGAUUUUGCACCUACUCCCCCAGUUUUCUCAAGAGAGUGGAAAGCCGGAAUAGUAGUUUUGACGAGUGGGUGCGUGGCAGUAGGCCCAUUUCUCGUAGUUCUCACAUCUCUGUCUCUUGCUAUAUCCCGUAUUAGAACGCACAUGACACUGAUUGCAAGUCGCGCCACUCUGAAGGAACUUGCAACCUGGUUUCAAACUUGCCCAAAUGAGUUAGAAAAUUUUCUAAAAUAAAUUUUUUCUUUUACUUUAUGAAUGAGAUUAUCAUUAUUUA